AUGGCACAAGUGAUGCAAUAUCAACAGAUGUGCAUGCCAACGAUGUCGCCCAUGCCAGGCAUGACGCCGAUGUCCGGCUUACCGAUGCCGAUGCAUCAACCAACCGCGAUGGAUUACGGUGGUCCAAGCAUUCACUAUCAGCCUUAUAAUCCGGCUUUGAGCAGUCAUCACCUUCAGACCAGCCAAUCCAGCUAUUGGUAUACCGGAUCCACGAGUCACAGUCAAAUUACCGAGCCGCUUACGCCUCCUGCUUACACAAUGCCGACUGUACCGCCGACCAGCACAGCCUCGUGGACCACGCAAACUCAUCUUCCUCAGCCUCAGCUCACAACGAUCCCGACGAUUCAACAUUAUUCGUUGCCGCCGAGCCCGCCGGAACUUCCGCCGAGCCCUCAGGACCACGCCAGCCCUUAUCAAUGGCCGUUGACGCCGCCGUCGGAGCAUCAUUUCUUAACCGCUACGGAGGAACCCGGAAAAUCUGGCAGAAAAUGCACCAGAUGCAGAUGUCCAAACUGUCAAACGGACAGUGGAGCGCAUUUAGGCGUGGACGGAAAACGACAACACCUGUGCCAUGUGCCUGGUUGCGGCAAAGUGUACGGGAAAACGUCUCACCUGAAGGCGCAUCUCAGGUGGCACACCGGCGAACGACCGUUCGUCUGCAAUUGGCUGUUCUGCGGCAAAAGAUUCACGAGAAGCGACGAGUUGCAACGUCAUCUUCGAACCCACACAGGCGAGAAGAGGUUCGCCUGUCCUACGUGCGGCAAGAGAUUCAUGAGGAGCGAUCAUCUGACCAAACACGUGAAAACUCACGAGAACCAGAAGAGGAAAAGUUCCACGAGCAAGAAGGAAUCGAACAAGGAGAAUUCUGUACCCGUGGUGACCGGUCAAGACGCGUAUCCUCCGAUCGGCGGACAGUAUACUAUGAUUUAAACUUUCGAACACGCGGGAUGCGUGGCUCGUUCGAAAACUACGUGACUGGGUGGAGAUCGCGC